AUGGGAAAGAGAGAAAGAGAUUCAAGUAGAAAGGGUAGAUCUAAGGGUAAAGGUUCAGAUGACUCAGAUGAGGAUUAUGUAAUAUCAGAUGAGGAAGAAGAAGAAGAAGAGUAUGACGAAGCUGUUGAUCUCAACGAGUUUGAUGAUUGUGAUCUCAAGGAGUAUGAAGAUUCGUUUGAUGGUUGUGAUGUCUCCGAUGCUGUGCAGGAUGAGGAGUUUAAUGAGGUGGAAGAGGAAGAUGUUAUGCUGAGGAAUGUUGAGUGGCCAAAGGUGAAAACUGGUCCUCGUGGUAACCGGAAGAUUACGGGAUGCAAGUCACGAAAGAUGGAACAUGUUGUUGCAUCUGACAAUGAAGAUGUGGAUCUAGAUGAUGCGGAUGACGAAGAAGAGGAGGAGGUAAGAGGUUCAGGGAAGGCUUUUGGAAGGUCGAAUGUUAAAGAUCUUUCUCUGGAUGAAGAGAACCACGCAAGAGUUGGCUUGGGGAAGAGAAGGAGAGUUUUCUUUGACGAAGAAGAUGAAGAUGAAGACUAUCCAGAGGAGCAUGGCGAGGAGGAAAAAGAAGAAGAGAGGGAUGUGGAAAAUGCCAGCUGUGAAAAGGUGGAUUUAGAUUCUGGUCAUAAUGGUGAAGACGGAGAGAUGAUGACAUUGGAAGAGCAGGACAAUGUGUCACACGAGACUGAAAAGGAAGAUGAUGGAGAUUAUGAAGAGGAUGAGGAUGGCGAUGAAGAGUUUACCGCAGAUGAAGAAGAGGUCUCACUAGACGAGGAAGAGGAAGAGGAAGAGGAAGAUGAAGAAGAAAAGAUUUGUAAGAGAAACAUGCGGAAGCAUAGAUCUAGAGGAGGCCGUAAAAGAAGAAAGAAAGGCUCCGUUGCACAAACUUGUUUGACAAGUGGAAGAAAGAGACGAGGGAAGAACACAAAGGAAGGAGUUUAUGAAGAUGAUGAUGACUGCUUGCCUGCAAGAAAGAAGGUGAAGACGAGAUCAUCAAGGCCAAGGCCAAGGCCAAGGCGUCGGUGUACUAUGCAAUCAGAUUCAGACAAUGCCUCCUCUGGAGAAUCCAAUCACGAGUACACAAUCUCAGAGGAGGAAAGAGAGCAGGUAAGAGAAGCCAGUAGUUUGUUGAGAAGUAGGGUGAAGCAUGUGUCAUCUAUAAAAAAAACUACGGUUGUUAAAGAUGUACCUCAGCUUCGUAAGUCACCUGCAAAGAAGGUAGAGCUGGUGAAAAGGGAUGUGAUGAAAAACGUGUGUGGGAUUUGUCUGUCUGAGGAAGACAUGCGAAGACUGAAGGGAACACUGGACUGUUGUAGUCAUUACUUCUGUUUCACUUGCAUAAUGGAGUGGUCGAAAGUAGAAUCUCGAUGCCCUCUAUGCAAGCAACGGUUCAGAACAAUCAGUAAACCUGCAAGAUCUACACCUGGAGUUGAUUUGAGAGAAGUUCUGAUACAUGUACCUGAACGUGAUCAGGUCUAUCAACCGACUGAGGAAGAGUUGAGGAGUUAUCUUGACCCCUACGAAAAUAUAAUAUGUUCUGAAUGUCACCAAGGUGAAGAUGAUGGGCUUAUGUUGCUUUGUGAUCUCUGUGAUUCAUCUGCACAUACAUACUGUGUUGGACUAGGGAGGGAAGUUCCUGAAGGAAACUGGUACUGUGAAGGUUGUAGACCUGUUGCACUUGGAUCAGCUAGUUCCCAAUCGCAUACUACAUCCGAGCAGCCAAGGGUCAGUGGCUUUUAUAGUAGACCGUCACCUCUUGUAGUUUCUGGACAACAUCAAGAUCCGUCUUUGCUAGUCUCCCCACGUACACCAUUUGCCAAUGGCGAGUACCUUUUUUCUUCUCCAAGGCUUCCUAAUAGUGAUGUUCAAGGCUCUUCUCCUUCGGGCUUAGGGGCAACUACAUUAUCAAGAAGAAGGACGCUUCAUAGACACAUUCAAAAUAUUAUCAACGGUGAUAGACUUAUUAAUAUGGGUAGUAGAGGUGGUGGAACAUCGAUGAUUGCUAACACGAGUGGUGGUUUUUUGACUACACAAAGUCAUGGCAGAGAAAGAGAAGCGUCUGAACCUUCACUACAAACAGGGAUGUCAUUGUAUGCUAUCUCCGAGGAAAGACAACAGAAUAACAAUCCAUUGAUAUCUUCCCAUGGCACUGAGCUUUUGUCUCCAAGAUUGGAUUAUUUUGGAAGCGAACAAGCAGUAGGACGUUUCUCUAAUGAUACAUUUCUUGGUAAUCGAUCUAUCAAUUUAGGAUUGCAUCAUGGAGUGGCUCAGGGUGAUCCCUUGUUUGGUAAUCAACAACAUCUACGUAGCUGCAUGCCAAGCACAAUGCCUUUCACCGGAGAAGAACAACUGCAGCACAGAGUUAAUGCCCAUCUCAAGAACUUGUCCUGUCAAAUUAACUUAGGUCAAGCCACGUUUGACGAGAUUUCCACGCGCUCAUUACACACAAUAUUGGCAGCUUGUGGACUGGAACACAAGAGCAGUGAAGUCCAUCUUGUUCCGCCACCAGUAAUGUGCCUUCACGAUGAUAUGAGACCUUGCAGCAGCAGUAGUAACAACAGCAGCAGCAGUCUGAUGAAAGGGUGUUGCUAUUCAUGUUUUGAUUCAUUUGUAGAAGAUGUAGUUAAGAUGAUUCUGGACACAAGACAACCCCAUUGGUUGAGGUUAUGACUCCACUAAAAGAAAUCACUGCUUGCUUCAAUUUGUUUAGAUUUGUUAGAAAUCGAUUUUUCUUUUUGCUUUUGUUCAGAUUCUGAACCUUUAAUUUUAGCCAUUGUAUAUGAUAAAGUGGGAAUAUUCAUAUUCACGUAAAAGGAAUUUGAUUUUUUAUUAC